AUGCGGGCAAACUGGAUAGCUGCUAUCAGCGUAGCUGUUGCGGUGAUACUUCCGCAACUUCCCGGUACAGAAGCAGCAGCAGUCCGUUCUGAUUCCUAUGACGCUCAAGCCCAAGCCAUUGUGGACAAGUUCUCGAUCCAGGAAGUGAUCGGACAGAUGACCCAAGUCGACAUCAGCACUGUGAUGAACUCGGCAAACAACACGCUGGACGAGGCCAAAGUUCGUGCUCACGCUCGACUCUACAUCGGAUCGUACCUCAACUCGUACUUCUCCGAGCGUCGGGGGAACGGAACUGGUUGGACCGCCACGGAAUUCCGGGAGCUGGUCCAGCGUAUCCAAGAGAUCUCCAUGGAGGAGAAUGGUGGCCACCCGAUCCUGUACGGUCUGGAUUCGGUGCACGGUGCCAACUACGUCGGUGGAGCCGUCAUCUUUCCGCAGCAGAUCAACAUGGGUGCAAGUUUCAAUCCCGAGCUCGUGUACCAAGCAGGACAAAUCACGGCUCGUGACACGCAAGCUGCUGGCAUCCCGUGGAUCUUCGGACCGAUCCUGGAGAUCUCGUACAAUCCGUUGUGGGCUCGUACCUACGAGACCUUCAGUGAAGACCCCUAUGUUGUCUCGGUGAUGGGCGACGCUCUCGUUCGCGGUCUCCAGAGCUAUGAACAAACUGCAGCCUGCAUGAAGCAUUUUAUCGGAUACUCCAAGACCAGUACUGGCCACGACCGCGAUGGCAUCAGCCUGUCGGACUUUGACCUUCUUAACUACUACAUGCCGCCGUUCAAAGCAGCUAUUGACGCUGGUGCCAUGACGAUGAUGGAGAAUUACGUCUCGAUCAAUGGUGAACCAGUUGCUGCAAGCUCCCGCAUUCUGAACGACCUGCUUCGGACGGACCUUGGAUUUGAUGGUUUGCUGGUUACGGAUUGGGCUGAGAUCAACAAUCUCAAGGACUUUCACCGUGUCGUGAAAACCCAAGAGGAAGCCGUGGCUUUGUCGAUGAUGCAGACAUCGAUUGACAUGAGCAUGGUACCCACUGACACGAACUUCAUCGGCCACGUGAAGAAAAUGCUGGAGAAGCACCCGGAAGAGGAAGCUCGUCUACGAGAAUCGGCGACGCGGAUUGUGAGGACGAAGUUGCAGCUGGGGUUGUACGAGAACCCGGUCCCUGGUGAACAGUACGUCUCGAUGGUAGGCAGCGACGACGACCUGUACGCAGCUCUGACAAUGGCUCGUGAAUCCAUUGUGCUCCUGAAGAAUGCUGACAACGUCCUUCCGCUGCAAAAAGACGCGUCAGUCUUCCUCACGGGCCACUCUGCUGACAAUGUUGGCUUCCAGUGUGGUGGAUGGAGCAGAUCUUGGCAAGGAUACUCGGGUAACGAGUUGUUUCCUCACGGCAUCAGCGUUCGCCAGGGCUUUGAAGACUUGGUUGGCAACAACUCGUUCACCCACUUCAACGGUUUGCAAGCGAACGGCAGUAUUUCGGACGCGGACUUGGCAACAGCUGUGAAGCUUGCUAGCGAGCACGAGUACACGGUUGCUGUGAUCGGCGAGGCAACUUACACUGAAAAGCCAGGGGACAUCAAUGACUUGGCACUACCUGCCGGUCAGGUGAGGUACAUUGAGGCUCUCAGUAAGACGAGCACCAAGGUGAUCGUCGUCUUGUUUGAAGGCCGCCCUCGUCUACUUGGUUCGAUCCCGACGAACGCGGUGGCUAUCAUUGAUGGCUUAUUGCCGUGCGAGCUCGGGGGCCAAGCAAUGGCUGAGAUCAUCUUUGGUGAGGUGAACCCGAGCGGUCGACUACCGCUCACGUACCCGAAGGACCCGGCAAACAUUGCCAUUCCGUACAACCACCUCGUCAGUACCCGCUGUGCCAACGACAACUGCGAGAUGGAAUUUGAAUUCGGAACGGGUCUCAGCUACACGCAGUUCAACUACACUGGUUUGAGUCUGGACGCGACUCGGCUGACUAGUGUAUCCGCAACCGUCACUGCGACAGUGACGGUGACGAACACGGGAAGCCGUGCCGGUAAGGAGACGGUGAUGUUAUUCGUGAUCCAACCGUACCGCUUGAUCUCAGUGCCGGAGAUGAAGCUUCUGAAGAAAUUCAAGAAGAUUGAGCUGCAGCCUGGUCAGUCGAUGGACGUCUCGUUCACGCUGACAACGGACGACUUGAGCGUCUAUGACCCGCAGAUCGGCCACGGUUUGAAACGCGUGUUCGAAGACAGCGACUAUGUCGUGGCUUUCAAGCCGGAAACGAAUUGUGACGUGUACAACGACAACUCAAAGCACCCGUUGUGUGCCAAGUUCAGCGUUGACACUAGCGGUCGUGCAACGCGCGUCAACACGAAGGAUGGCGAUGGCCCAGGGUUCUUUGACGCCAGCGAUGACGGAGGUUUACCGCUCUUGACCUUUGUGUGA